AUGCGGCUCGUUGGCCUGCGGGGCUGGCCUGAGGCUCCUCCUGACCUCCUGUCCCCUCCGUUGUCCUCCCUGGUCUGGCCCAUCCGCCUCAAAGCACAGAUGCCCUGGGAGAGCCUAGAGCAGCCGUGCACGCAGGCUGGGGACACGGAGGAGGCCACCUCCCACAAGGGCCCUUGGUCUCUCAGGAACAGCUCCCAACCAGCUCCAAACUCGCUCCCGACUUCUCGGCCAGGAGGCCUGCCACAUCUCAAUGCUGCCCAGAGCCUUGUUGGAAAUGCAGAUACCGGGGCCCGCCUGAGUCUCAGGGAACGGAACCAUGGUCCCAGUCUGAGGGCUUUUCUUUUUUACAGAUUUUCCCCGGGGAGGAAGGGCACUGGGAGGGCCUGGUUGCCCUGUGGACACUGGCCCUGGGGACUUCUCUCCGCACCCCUGGCUGAGAAUGCUGGGAAGAGGCGGAGUCUGCCCACGCCCGGUCACGCCACAGCGUGCGGAAGCCGGAGGGCACACCGCGGGGUUCUCGGUGUUAAAGAGACAAGAGGCACGGAAAGUGCCGGACUUCACCGCUUCCCCAGGAGCCGGACCUCCAGGGACCAGAGGCCAUGUGCGAGGAGCAACAUGCCCAGUGCAAGUGGCCUGGGACUCCACUCCAGCUUUUCUCACCCAAUGACUUGGAGUAACAGAGCUGCCACCAUGAACUGCAUUCUGCUUGUCAUGGAAAGAGGAGACGCAGCAGUGUCCUGCCCUGCCUGGUCAAGGCUUCUGCAGAGAGCAACACUGAACCCUUCUGCUGCCGCCUCACUGGCCAAAGCAAGUCACGUGGAAGGCGUUUUCAUAUCUGCCAUCUAAUUGUAUAUUCAGUGACACCUGUGGUGCAGGAGGGUGAGUAAAAUCAAUCAUGGGGUAGAUGGGGUCUACACGGUGGGGGGGGGGGCUAUUAGCACAGGCUCUGACCUACAUAGGCUUGUAGUCUGUCUGAGCCCCAGUUCUCUCACCUGUAAAACGGGGGAUAAAAAUAGUCCCUGCCCAUAGGUGAUUUUAAGGAUGAAACAAGAUAGCACAGGUAAUAUGCUUUACC